ACAUUUCCAUCCCAUGGCCGUCUCUAGGUGAUUUAGCGCCGCCAGUCUCAAGCAGGUAUCCAACAUGGCGAUCACGGGGAGCGGAUCUCUCGCUAUUUCUUUCUCUGCUUUCAUGAUUUUGGCGGCGUUUCUUCACAAAGGAGCUGCUGAAACCGUGACAGUUGACAGCCAGAACCUGGCGACUGACAACGUGUCGGUGAUCGAGGGAGAGACGGCCACCAUUAGCUGCCGAGUGAGGAACAACGACGACUCCGUCAUCCAGCUGCUGAACCCGAACCGACAGACCAUCUACUUCAGAGAUCUGAGACCUCUCAAGGACAGCCGGUUCCAGCUGGUGAAUUUCUCUGACAACGAACUCCGGGUGUCUCUGUCCAACGUAUCGCUCUCCGACGAGGGACGCUAUGUGUGCCAGCUCUACACAGAUCCUCCUCAGGAAGCCUACGCAGACAUCACCGUCCUGGUCCCGCCAGGCAGCCCAAUCAUCGAGAGCAGAGAGGACGUGGUCAGCGAGGGGAACGAGACGGAGCUCACCUGCAUAUCCAUUGGCAGCAAGCCGGCCGCCUCCAUCAGAUGGAUGAAGGGGGAGGACGACCUGACAGCUGAAACAACAGUCGAGGAGACGUAUGACAGGAUGUUUACUGUCACCAGUCGGGUGAGGUUUUCUGUCACCAAGGAGGAUGAUGGAGUGCCGGUGGACUGCAUCGUUGACCAUCCAGCUGUAAAGGACCUUCUGGCUCAAAGACACUUGGAAGUGCUCUAUAAACCUGAGGUGAAGAUCGUGGUGACAUAUCCUGAUGGGUUAACAAGAGAGGGCGACAAUCUUGAUUUGACAUGUAUCGCUGAGGGGAAACCACACCCCCAUCAGAUCAACUGGCUCAGGGUGGACGAAGACGUGCCGCCACACGCCGUGGUCACCGGCUCCGAUCUCUACAUCGAGAACCUGAACAAGUCGUACAACGGCACCUAUCGCUGCGUGGCGUCGAACGCCGUCGGGGAGGCCUACGACGACUACGUUCUCUACGUGUACGAUGCUCCCACCACUAUCCCUACACCCACCACCAACCCAGUCAACACGCAAGACUCCAGAGCCGGUGAGGGCGCGCCGCAGAAAAUCGACCACGCCGUCAUCGGUGGAGUGGUCGCCGUUGUGAUGUUUGCCAUCCUCUGCGCGCUCAUUGUGCUCGGCCGGUACUUUGCUAGACACAAAGGAACUUACUUCCCGCAUGAAGCCAAGGGGGCGGACGAUGCGGCCGACGCCGACACAGCAAUCAUCAACGCAGAGGGGGGCCACAACAACACAGACGAGAAGAAGGAGUACUACAUCUAAACCAGACGGGCCUGAAGUGAUGGUUGGGGACGCGGUGGGAGCACUGCGUCCAGCGUUGACUGGGUAGUAGGACGGCUUGGGUUAGGGUAAAAGAAGAAGGGGAGAGGAGGAGGGAAGUAGGAAUGGCGUAGCCGCGUGGGAAGAAGAGGCGUCGUUUAGUCUCCUGUCCGACCCUUCCUUGGACUGCCGGGUCCUAUUCUGUACAGUAUAAUUAUUUUACAGACAAUUUUGUGCCUUGUUCUAUUUCUUUUGUCGGUUCGUUGGUUUCUAUUCACAUGCUUGUUGGAUUGGAUUCUUUCUCCACGUGCUCUACUUGAUCCUUUGUUGCGUUUGGCUUUCAGAGGAGAUAGAAAGGGGUCUGGUGUUUGUCAAUGUGUGCUACAACUAGCUUUUAGCUCAUGUAACCAGAUAUACGAGAGGCCAGCUCACUCACACUUUAGUUCACUUUUUUUUUUUUCCUCUUUCUCUCCAGUUGCUUAUUAAAUGAAACCCAGUAUCGACAUGUUUCUCCCCACUGGGUCAAAGUCCUGUGGUGCCUCCCAAGUUCAUCACAUUUAGAUGCAGGUCUGAUUGGUUUUGACGAUUACCUGCACACACACACACACACACGCACACCCACCCACAUACACACACACACACACAACCCCCCUUCAAAUUCAGACUCAUUGUUGAUUACUUGCGUAACCGUUUUGAGUACUCAUGCCUUUCUUUGAAUGUAUUUGCUAAAGGAGUAAGUAAGAGUCACAUGCAUGUGUAUAUGGGGUUUAAAAUCUAGUUGUGAGAUGCAACCGAUUCCUCAAAAGCUCCCAGAUCCAGACACAAACGCAGAACUUUAUUUUGAACCACAUUCCUAAAAAGUCUUGAGCAGCUACCGUUUCUGAAACGUCUUACUAUAUUCAUCAGAUUUAUUCGAUAAACUCUCCAAUGUCAGUGGUACCUAAUUCCAUCCAUAUCUGCAAUCGAUGCCAUGUUGUUUCUACAAAGGGAUGUUUAAAUAUAUAUAUAUUUUUUUUCUUCUUUUGUCCCCAGGGUUAAUCAAGAUGAAGUAUUUGCCAAUACAGAGUUUUGAUCUAAUACUUGCAUUUCUUUACAGCCAGAUUUGAGUUGCACACUGCCUAUCUCUAGUAAAAUAAAGUUCAAAUGCAUGCCGUGUAUGUAACGUACAUCUCAGUAGGUCUACAGAAGUUUGAAGUGCUUAAGUUGACCAACUAUCUUUCUCCCAUAUCGCCCAUGCCAUGAGGACCAGCGACUGCACAAAGUAAAAUCCUAAUUAAAUAAGGCUAAGUUUUCUUAUUCAGCUCAGGUCAGGAGGGGUGGAUGUACCACGAAAAAACGGAAUAAAAACCUUUAUUUUCCACCACAUCAGUGGGCUGGUCACCCAGAGUGGUAAAUUGAAUCGCUGUGCAGUUGUUUCUGCCUCAUCGCUGUCACUUUGAAUCUUUUCUACUUGUAGUUUCCUGUUGGAGUUAGCAUCAUCUCGAGAAAUACUUGAACUGCCAAGUUUGGGGGAUACAGCUGAUCAAUUUUUGUUUUCCGCUAAAAGAUAGCUGCUGACUGCAAACCUUUCUUCACAACAUUUAAUCCUGGCCUGUAUAGUAAGGCGAGAACAUGAACAGCUGAGAGCAACUCUGACUUAAUGGUUAAAAACCAUAAUCAGAAUCCCAGACCAACGCUUGGGAUCGGAUCGGCGGUGUCCCUCGAUUUUGAGAAAGUAAUCAUCUGAAUCUGUGUUUUCAUCUGUUGAACCUUUCAUCUCCUGCUUUAUGAGUCAGUUGUUGGUUGUUUUUCUUUGUUGUAAAAUUGUCGGUUUCAUUUGAAAAGUUAGUCUUUAUCCUCUUACCGUACCCAACUUUAUUUAAUAUUAAUCCUGGAGUCUGUCAGGUUUAGUUUACAGAGGCAUUUGCCAGCUGUAUUAAUACCACAGCAGACUGCAUCUUCUCAAAUACAUUUCUGGAAGAUAGUUAUCUUCUAAGCGACACUAAUGUGCCAUGACAGUGAGGCAAAGGUUGUUCAGUUUCUUUCAUUUUCGUGUUUUUGUCUGAUAUUGACAAAGAAAUGUGUAUGAAGCAACAGAUAGUGAAAGGUUAAGAUUUCUGGAAAGACACUUUUCUGUAAGAGACUGACACUGUAAUAUUUAGUAGUAUCAAAUAUGUAUAUAUUAGACCUUAAAUACAUUAGCAAAAUUAUUCUAAUUAGCUGUAACAAGUAGCUACCUAUUUAAGUAGCAAAUUAGGAUAUGUAUCUAAAUUAGCUAAGCAGAAAACUCAGUAAAUCAGCUAGCUAAUUUAAGUACAUAUAUUCGAGCUAAUUUAGUUAAAAAGGCAAAGGAGCUGUUUAGCUAAAUUAGCUACACAACCUGAAUACCUGAUUAGCUAAUAAUAAUAAAUAAUAACAAUAAAAUAAUAAUAGUAACACAGUUUGGUAGUUUUCUAAAUCAUCACUUUAGCUAAUUAAACUUAACUAGCUAAAGUGAUUUAUGUUUGACCUAUUGAGCAGAUUAUUUUAAUAAAAUUAGCUUAGCAGCUAAUUUUGCCAUCAACGUAGCUAACUAAAGUAAAUAAGCUGCUUAACUAUCCAUCCACAUUGCCUAUAGGCUACACGCUAACACCAGAUGUGUUAGCUAACUCGCCUACACUCUUAAACAUCAUUUAUUUUGUUGGCUUAUAAAGUCCGACUUCACCCAAGUAUUGCGUCAUGCUAAAACAGACAGCUAGCAGUUCUUUGCUAGCUUAAAAUAUCUCCCAUUUUCAUAUUUCCAUUCCAUGCCGACGAAUGGCACCAAAUAUUAUGAGUCUUUGUGCAUAUUCCAUAAAGAAAGUUGGAAAGUCUUCUCUACAAAAUGUCCCUCCUUAUCUGCUGGAAGAAAACAAUACUGAUGUCACUCUUUCAGUUAAAUAAAAACACAAAAACUACAUUUAGCUUUGAAGUCCUUGCCGAGCCAUUUUUGUUUCUUAUGCUGUUGUUGUGCUUGUUGGUUUCCGAUUUAUAAGACCUUUCAGUCACUGCAAGUAUGAGUCCAUUAAAUUUUCCUCUGUGCAAAUACUUUAUCUUUGGGCUUUCUUUGAUAACUUCUAAGGCCAAAAGAUUUCACUUGGGGAAGCUCCUAUUUUAGUUUUUUGUUUUUGUUUAGUUUUUUUCUGUCAUCUUGUAGCCUCAAACCGCAGAGAAAUGGCAUAGUGCUACAAUUUAUCUCUCCUUUUCAUUAACCCCAAUCAAACAGUGUGAACUUUACACAUUCUACGCCUCUUCGACUCACAGCUAGAAGAGCAAAACUUGUUUGGCAAUUAGCAGGACACUUUAUUGUAUUGCCUGAAGAAGAAGAAGAUGAGUAAGGAAAAAAUAAAAAAAAGACCAGAUAAAAACAAAUAACCACUGCCUUAAACAGACCUCUUGAUACGUGCGAUAAUAAAAU